AUGGAUCUUGCUAUCGCCAAUUAUGGCACCAAUAAUGUUGGUAUACUCCUUGGUACUGGUAACGGUACUUUCGAAAAGCAAAGCACGUUCUCGACUGGUCCUAAUUCCCAUCCUUACUCGCUUGUCGUUGGUCAUCUUAACGAAGACAACAUGCUAGAUAUUGCCGUCACAAACUAUGGAAAUAACAGUGUAGGUGUACUUCUGGGUCACGUCAAUGGAACUUUUAUGAGCCAAACGACAUAUUCUCUCGGCACUGUUUCUCCAUAUUCUAUUGGCAUUGGUGACUUCAACAAUGACAAUCGAAUGGAUUUAGUCGUAACCAAUAAUGGCACUAACAAUAUAGCUCUACUUGUCGGAUAUGGCAACGGUACCUUUGUAAGCCCAAAAAUGUAUUCAACUGGAUCUACUUCGUCCAUCUCCGUUGCCAUAGGUGAUUUAAAUAGCGAUAAUCGUUCAGACAUCGUCGUCAUCAACAAUGAUACGAGCACCAUAGGCAUCAUGCUUGGUUAUGACGAGUUUUUUCCAAUUUCAACGGCAUAUCGAACUGGCUUUGCGCCAAUCUUUGUAGCUGUUGGUGAUUUUAACAACGACGCCCAUCUGGAUAUCGUCGUCGCUAACCGAAAUGAAGACACAAUAAGUGUCUAUCUUGGCUAUGGCAAUGGUUCUUUCUCAAAUCAAGCACAAUAUUUAACUGGCUCUUUGCCAGUAUCUGUAGCUAUUGGUGACUUCAAUAACGACACCUAUCUCGAUAUCGUCAUUGCUAAUGGACAGGAAGACACUAUACGUGUACUUCUCGGAUAUGGCGAUGGCUCUUUUAUAAAUCAAAUGACGUAUUCAACUGGCGCUGGACCAUGGUCUGUAGCUGUUGGUCAUUUUAACAACGAUACCCAUCUGGACAUCGUGGUCGCUAAUGCGAAUGGCGCAACUGUAAGUGUCUUUCUUGGGUAUGGAAAUGGCUCUUUUGCAAAUCAAAUGAUGUAUUCAACGGGCGCUGGACCACGGUCUGUAGCUGUUGGUGAGUUUAACAACGACACCCGAUUGGAUAUCGUCGUCGCUAAUUUUGGUGACAAUACUAUGAGUGUCUUUCUUGGUUAUGAAAAUGGCUCGUUUGCACGUCAAAGAAGAUAUUCUACUGGCAAUAAGCCAUACUCUAUAGCUGUUGGCAAUUUUAACAACGAUACCCAUGUGGAUAUCGUGGUCGUUAAUAAAGAUGAUAACACUGUAAGUGUAUUUCUCGGAUAUGGGAAUGGCUCUUUUGCAAACCAAGCGAAAUAUUCAACUGGCUCUAACCCACAAUCUGUAGCUGUUGGUGACUUCAACAGCGACACCCGACUGGAUAUCGUCAUCACUAAUUUUGAUGACAACACUGUAAGUAUACUUCUAGGAUAUGACAAUGGCUCUUUUGCAAAUCAAACGUCAUAUUCAACUGACUCUGGUCCACUAUCUGUUGCUGUUGGAGAUUUUAACAAUGACACUCGACUGGAUCUCGUGGUCGUUAAUUUUAAUAACCACACUGUGAGUAUACUACUUCGCUAUGACAGAGGAGCUCUGGAAGAUAAAAUCACAUUUGCAUCUGCUGAUGGUUCUCGUGUACGAAACUUUGCCGUUUUUGAUUUCAAUAACGAUAGCCUAUUGGAUAUUGCUGUUAUCAAUUAUGGUACUAAUAAUAUUGGUGUUCUUCUUGGAUUAGGUAAUGGCACUUUCGGGAAUCAAACGCUGCUCUCAACAGGUUUAAAUUCACAUCCUUACUCAAUCGCCAUCCAUGAUUUCAAUAAAGAUGGGCAAGUGGACAUUGCCGUGGCCAAUUAUGGUAAUAAAAGUCUUGUUACAUUUCUGGGAAGUGGGAAUGGUACAUUUGAAAAUCAAGCAAGUUACAGUGCAGAUUUCGAUUUUCAUCCAUUGAUAAUUGGUGCUGGUAGUUUCAACAAAGAUGGACGGUCAGAAAUUUUUGUCACAUAUGACGGCAUCGAUCAUGUAGAUGUGCUUGUUACAUACAACAUCGGAUCUUUUAGUAAUCACGGUAAAUAUUCAACUAGUUUAGGGCCCAGGUCUCUAGCUGUUGAUGAUCUUAAUAACGACAACAAUCUGGAUAUCGUCGUUGUUAAUCAAGGGGACAGCACGAUAAGUGUACUUCUCGGUUAUGGAAAUGGCUCUUUUGGAAAUGAAACAAGAUACUCAACUGGCUCUUCGCCGUGGUCUGUAGCUGUUGGCCAUUUUAACAAAGAUAUUUAUCUGGAUGUCGUCGUCGCUAAUUUUGGUGACGGCACUGUAAGUGUUCUUCUCGGAUAUGGUAACGGCUCUUUUGCGUAUCAAAUGAAAUAUUCAGCUGGCUCUAGACCAAUAUCUGUAGCUACUGGUGAUUUUAACAAGGAUAUCCAACUGGAUAUCGUCGUUGUUAAUCAAAGGAAUGACACUGUAAGUGUACUUCUUGGAUAUGGCAAUGGUUCUUUUGAAAAACCCCUGCAAUAUUCAACUGGCUCUAUACCACGCUCUGUAGCUGUUGGUGAUUUCAACAACGAUUCGUAUCUGGAUAUCGUCAUCGCUAACUUUGGUGAUGACACUAUAAGCAUCCUUCUUGGAUAUGGCGAUGGCGCUUUUGCAAAUCAAAUGACGUAUUCAACUGUCGCUUGGCCAUAUUAUGUAACUGUUGCUGAUUUUAACAAAGAUAAUCAUCUGGAUGUUGUCGUCGUUAAUACUGCUAGCAACUCUGUAAGUGUAUUUCUCGGAUAUGGUGACGGCUCUUUUGCAAAUCAAGCGACAUAUUCAACUGGCUCUGGAGCAAGUGCUGUAGCUGUUGAUGAUUUAAAUAACGACAAUCGACUGGAUAUCGUCGUCACUAAUUGGAAUGACAACACUAUGAGUGUCUUUCUUGGAUAUGAUAAUGGAGUUUUUGCAGAUCAAAUAACUUAUCCAACUGGCCAUAGUCCUGUGUUAAACACAACUCCAAUUACAAAAUUUGAACAAUUACCGAACGAAUUGAUCCUAAUGUGUUUUUGUUACUUUAGUUAUUAUCAUGUAUAUCAAAUGUUCUAUCGUUUAAAUCAACGUUUUAAUCAACUAAUUCAAUAUGAAACAAAAAUUCAUCUUGAAUUAUAUUCAAUUCCAUCUGGAAAAUUUUUAACAUUUUGUAUCGACUUAAAUCAAAUAAUAACAACAAGUCAAAACUAUCCAUUAUCAAUUGUAGCUCAUGAUAAAUAUAGAUUUAAUUUAAUAUUUUACGAUGAUUUAUUUAAAGAUAAACUUUCUAAAGUAAAAUCAUUAACAUUAUCAAAUAUAGAUGCUAGAACAAUAUAUUCUAUAAUAUUUGAUGAAACAAUAAAAUUGUAUCAAAGUUUAGAACGAUUAAGUUUACAGAAUAAAAUUGGUGAAGAAAAUAAUUAUACCGAUAAUAUAAAACGUAAUAAUACGAAUUCUUAA